AUGUCGCCUUGGUUUGUCACGAUUUACGAUUUCCUUAGCCUUGGAAAUGUUUUUUUAUUUUUACUUUUGCUGUUCCUCCUGCAUUACUUGAUGGUGCUCUACGAGUUCAGAAACAUGCCACCCGGUCCACGCUUAACAACUCUCCCUGUGCUUGGAAACAUAUUUUGUCUUGACCAUAGGGCGAAACGAUUCCCCGACACCUUUAGAAGGUCAGUAUUCAAGUCGCAGUCAUCAUUACUUAUUGAUAUAUUGAUAUGUGGGUGGCCCUCAACAAUUAGAACAAACAGUACGUUUUAGGGCAUAGAAAGUACAAGUCUACAGAAAACCACUUGCAAAAACACCAUUAUGUUGUUUUAAGGAAUAUGCAUAAAAGAGUGCGGCUAUUACAUAAUGUUAAAUUGCAACGUGUCACUGUGCAGAAUGCUGCGGCUAGACUUGUACUGAACUUAAGUAAGUACCCGCAUAUUUCUCCCGCGCUUUAUCAACUUCACUGGUUCAGUACAACAUCGUUUUCAUUUUAAGAUCUUGAUUUUAACAUUUAAAGCUAUUCAUGGGUUGGCGCCUAAGUAUAUCAUAGAACUAAUUAACAUUAAGCCUAGGUAUAUAUAUAAUCUUAGAUCAAAUCAAAGUUUAUUGCUUGACCCUCCUAAAGGGAAAAUGCUUGUCACGUUAGGUGACAGAUCCUUCUCUGCUGCUGCCCCAUAUUGAUGGAAUAGUUUGCCGGCUGAAUUACGUGAUAUUCAAUAAUUAGCUGUUUUUAAAUGUAAGCUGAAAACUUAUUUUGUUUCGUGCAGCUUUUACGACGUAACCUGUUUGACAUUCAAUUUAUUAGUAUUACUAAUUAAGUUUAUUAUCAUUAUCAUUAUUCUAUAUUAUUAUUAUUAAUAUACAUUGUUAAUAUUCAUGUAAAUGUAAUUAGUUUUACAAAUUUGAAUUUUAUUGUGGUUUUUUUAAGUUGUUAAGCGCUGUUGAUCAGUGAAAGUAAAUAGCGCUCUAGAAUUUAUUAAAUUAUUAUUAUUAUUAUUAUUAUUGUUAUUAAUGUUAAUUUGGCGCUUAGAUAAUCGACACAAGCAAUUACAUCUUGAACACAGAGAGCAGUCAGAUAAAUCAUCUUUUUCUUCUAUCAUUUCACCUUGUAGCCUUAAAGAAAACUUCGGAGGGGUUUUCUCCUUGAAGCUCGGAAGUUACAACUUCGUUAUGGCUUCAACUACUGGUGCUGUCAAAGAAGUCCUCGUAAAGAAGUCGGCUGAUUACGCCGGAAGACCACAAAUGCAUGUUUUUUACACAUCCACCCUGGGUAUGUUACACGGGAGAUUAUGUAGCCUAAGAGCAAAAUGGAGGUUAAUGAAAUCUACAGACUUGGACAUUUAGAAUUUACUAAUUGUAGAUUGUUCUUAAAUUUAUCGUUUUAUCAGUUUAUUUAAUUUAUUUAUACACAUAUCAUAAUUUUUAUGUUAUUUAUGUACUUAUUUAUAUGUGUAAUAUAUAUUUUUUCUGAGGCUGUUCCUUAGUUCCCCAGGGUCACGCCCCUAGUGGUUGUUGCUAUGUGACACCCAUACUGGUAUACUAUCCUAACAAUAAUAACUAGGUAGUUACACUACGUUGACGAUACUCUUACCGCUGUACACAAAGAGAGAUGGACGAUUAUCGCCAACACCUGAACCGACAGAACGCGGACAUUCUGAGUUUGCGUAGGAGAUCAAGGGAAAAGGUAAAAUACCUUGUUUUCUAGACUGCUUGGUUAACCGUGAGAAAAACAACAACGACAACAACAACGACAACAAUUAACAGAGAACCAACACGUACCGACAGAUUACUAGACCAGUCAUCUCAUAGCCUUGGACCAGGCUCCGCAGAGCAGUCGGGGAAAAGGCGAAAAAAAAAAAAAGAAUCGACAAGAGAGAAAAAGUGAAUUUGAACAAACAUCUAGAACAAAGGCCACUGAAUCCUAGUCUGCGGUUACCGGCACCGUGCAAACGACUUAUUGAAAGGCUCAAGGAAAACUAACAACAAUAGAAUGACUGAAUAACCACUAACCGAUACUUUCACAAACAAUAAACGGCCUUUUUACAGUCUUCAUUGCCAAUAACAUCACGGCUUAACUGACAGACGACCAAUAACAUCGGAACGUAAUUGACCAAUCAGGUCAAUAACCAGAGAUUAAUACCAUCAACUGAUGUGAUCAGUACAACUCACUUUCACUCUAACUCACUAUAACUAGCGCACACUAAGUCAGGCUGUCGAAACGUCAACCACCGUUAACAACAGUCCUAUUCAGGACUAUAUACACUCACCCGGACUAUGAAAAGACUCCUGGUUUCAAAUCUUUCACUCCAAUCAGGCUAUCUCAUCAGUGUCGAGUACAGAUGUAGUCGUUUAUCGGAGCUCUAAAACAAUGGAAAUUUUUAAACUAUCACCCUAAAUAGCGGUUAGAGAAUUUGCUUGUAUCGCAGAGAGUUUAAUAAGAGAGGAAAAAGUGACAUCUCAUUGCGGGUAGAAAGCAAUAUACAGUGUAACCACGAUACAACGGAUAUCUAUAUAAGGAAAGCCUCGGUACAAAGAACGAUGCUCUUAGUUUGCCCUAGUAAUAAUAAAGUAUGUGGAAAAGAACCUCGUUAUAACGAAACCUCGUUAUAGCGAACACAUAUUGCCAGUCCCUUGGCCCUUCGUUAAUCGAGGUUCUGCGUUAUACAAAACAAAAUAGUGCUCGUCGCUGUCGUUUAAUAGCACGCAUCUUUAUUAUUGCAGGUGGAAAAGAUAUAGUAUUUGGAAAUGGACCUGCAUGGAAAUUUUAUCGCAAACUCUUCACCACAGCGUUAAGGCAGUACCUCUCCAACUUUCCUUUAAUAGAGAGUCGUGUUUCAACCCAGGCUGAGAAACUGGUGCAAUUCGUUGAACAACAGAAUGGAAAAGCUUUCGAUCCUGCAGAUUGCUUACAGCGAGCCGUUGCCGACGUUAUAUGUGGAAUUACGUUUAAAGAGGGCACCAACACAUCGCACCCCGAUAUGGAUAAGCUUCUUAAGCUGAAUGUAACGUUUGCCGCAAGUGCUGACGAUGUCCAGAUGGCGUCUUUCUUGUCCUUUUUUCCGUGGGCAUGUCACUUGCCUUUUAAUGCUGCUGACCGCAUCAUCAAGCUCUUCUUUAAAAUGCACGCCAUCAUCCGCAAGUCACUCAGAGAGAGAAUGAAAACUUUUGACCCGACCGAGCCAGUAGAAGAUUUCAUGUCAGCAUUGCUUAAAACCCGACAUGACUUUGAGGUAGAAUGUCAGACUGAUGAAGAGAGAUCUGCUCUACUGUCCGAAGAUCAUUUCAUCGCCGCCAUCGAGGAUAUGUUUUUUGGUGGUUACGAAACCACCAGUACCACAUUGAGAUUUGCCAUUGCUUUUCUGGCUAGUCAUCCAAAUUACCAAGAGGCCAUUCAGCACCAGUUAGAUGAGGUACUUGGUGAUCGACGACCUUCCUUGGAUGACCGUCCCAAUCUGCCUCUCGUUCAAGCAACAAUCUUAGAAACAUUGAGACUUGGAAACGUGCUGCCGAUGGCGCUUCCCCAUAUCGCCCUCGUCGAUACAAUUCUAUGUGGCUACCGUAUUCCCAAGGAUACCGUCAUUUUUGCUAACACAGAGUCCGUCCAUUUGAAUCCCAACUGCUGGGAAGACCCCACCGUCUUUAACCCAUACCGCCAUAUUGAUGCAGACGGCAAGCUGAUCACCAACCAAGGUAAUUUCUAUCCUUUUGGAGCUGGACGUCGGGUUUGUGCUGGUGAACCUUUGGCUAAAGUUGAGCUGUUCCUGUUUUCUUCAUGGCUGCUGCAGAGCUUUACAUUUCUUCCAGCUGAUGGCCAUCCUCCAAAAUCAAAGGCAAGUAUAAUUCAGUUUCCUGAACAUUACAAGAUACGUGCGAUCAAACGCAAAUGAACUGCUUUGGCGAGUCUUCUUUAGUACAUGAUUCUCUUGCAACCGGACCCUAACCGAAUGAUGACUCAACUUUUAUCGAUACGGGUAACCCUAAGGACCACGGGGUUGUAAAACUGUGUCGUUGCAAGAGGUUGAUCAUAUGUUUCAAAAUUCCGUCGUCUUUAAGCCAACAUUUAUCCUUGCUUAAGAAAAUCUGCAAACCCUAGUUCGGCUUCCAUGAAAAUAAUCUUGAUUUGUUAUACAAACAAAGUUUUCAUAAAAAAUGCUUGCUUUAGGAAAACUGGAAAAGGCCAAGGACAAAAGACAAUCCUUACUAUUGUUAUCCCAAAAUAAAUAAUGAAGCGUUUUUUGUGUGUAAAUUGCAAGUAAAUCUUAAAAAACUUUAAGAGACAUUUAACAUUCUUUAUUUGUUUUACGCAUUGGGUUUGAUGUAUCUCCUCAAAUAAUCGCCCGGGCGCUUAUCUUAUAUUACGGCUAAAAGGUGGGGCGCUUGUUUGAUAAUAGGGAGCUUAGCAGCAAAAAAAGUCACCCAAAUACCCAAAAAGUGAAUUCGCGCUGUUUCAAACUUCAUCGCUCUUUUUCCAACUCCUUAGAUUUGUCAAAUGCUGACGAUUUUUUUGAGGAGUUGAAUUCCAAAGGACUGUAUCUAAGUUCACAAAAACAAAAAGAAAAUCAGUGGUACGUUGUCUUGAGUUCACGUCCUCCAUAAAACGUGAAAUUAGGAAGUUUCACGUCGUAGUCGUGCAGUGACGGCAAAAAAAAGUACAAAAAAGCGUGAUGCACCUACAAAGUUGUUGUUUUACCAGUCUCAAGCUGUUGCUUUUUUGUCGUUUUCGUUGACGUCGCCGUCGUCGUUGCCUAAGCUCCGUAUUAUGGUCUAGGGGUGGGUGCUUAUUCAAGAGAGUAGAGGUCAGGGGCUUAUUCGAGGAAACACGGCAUCUAAUUUGACGGAGGUGAUGUUAGGCUUUUUUUUCCCUAAUAAUUCAUCUGUCUGAAAUAUCUCAAGCUUUUAUCAUACAAUUAUCAUAUUUUAGAUCCUUUCUCACAAAGUAACUAGAAGCAUUAUUGUAACCCCAUAACUGAAGUAAAAUGGAGGCAUUUUUUAAUAAUUAAAAUAACCUUCCAAGGUGU